AGCUGACACACAAAGCCAGAUGGCCCCCCUCUAUAACUAGUAACGCCUCUCUGACAUCUCCUCUCAUGCAUUUACACAAUUUGCCCAUUUAAAACUCCAUUACCAGUUACCAAUUCCAUCACAUCCCCUCUCUCUCUCUCUCUCUCUCUCUCUCUCUCUCUCUUUCUUACAUCCACAACCACAACCAUGGUGGUCUUAUCUCCGCCAACACUAGAGGAUUUCUCUCUCAUCAAGACAUGCAAGCCCAGCGGGAGCCUCUUCACUGGGAUUCCGGUGAUUGACCUCUCUGCCCCUGACGCGAAGACCCUCAUCGUUGAGGCCUGCCAAGAGUUUGGGUUCUUCAAGGUGGUCAACCAUGGGGUCUGUCUGGAGUUGAUGGCCAGGUUGGAAGCUGAGGCUGUCAAGUUCUUCAGCCUGCCCCAGUCCGAGAAGGACAGGGCCGGCCCGGCCAGCCCUUUCGGCUAUGGGAAUAAGAGGAUUGGCCCCAAUGGAGAUGUGGGCUGGAUUGAGUACCUCCUCUUCAGCGCCAACCCUGACUUCAUUUCCCAGAAGUUUCUCUCAAUGUCCCAGGAAAAACCAGAAGUUUUCAGGUCUGCCGUGAACGAAUACAUCUGGAAAGUGAGAGGGGUGGUCUGUCGAGUGCUGGAGCUCAUCGCGGACGGGCUAAGGAUCGAGCCGAGGGACGUGCUGAGCAAGCUGCUGAGGGACGAGAAGAGCGACUCGUUCUUCCGGCUGAACCACUACCCGCCGCGCCCGGAGCUCCAGGCGCUGAGCGGACGGAAUCUGGUUGGCUUCGGAGAGCACACGGACCCACAGAUAAUGUCUGCCGUGAGAUCGAACAACACAACUGGCCUGCAAAUCUCUCUGAGGGAUGGGACGUGGGUGUCUGUCCCACCUGAUCAGUCCUCCUUUUUCAUCAAUGUUGGGGAUUCCUUGCAGGUGAUGACUAAUGGGAGGUUCAGGAGUGUAAGGCACAGAGUCCUGGCUGACAGUUUGAAACCGAGGGUUUCAAUGAUCUACUUUGGUGGGCCACCCCUGAGUGAAAAGAUAACACCUUUGCCUCCACUGAUGGAGGAAGGAGAGGAAAGUCUGUACAAGGAGUUCACAUGGUGGGAGUACAAGAACUCUGCCUACAAGUCAAGGCUGGGUGACAACAGGCUGGGGCAAUUUGAGAAGAUCAUCAAGAAGAAGAAGAAAGCAGCGGCAGCAGCUGGCCCGUGAAUUUUCAUUGGCCCCGGCCCCCUUCCUACUCAAAAAGUGAGAUCCCAUUUAGGCAAAAGGGGUUUUGUUUUUGGGGUCAAAAUGUUAGACUAGGUGUGGAAAGGUUGACUCAAACUCUUUUGUUGCAUGGCUUUAGUUGGCAUAGGAAUAGGUUCUUUUUAUGAAUCUUCACUAGUCCCCCCUCCCCGCCCCACCAACCCCCUUUUUUAUUUUUAUUUUAUCUUUCUUGUGCUUUAGUAACUUGUAGCUUGUAAGUACCCCCUACCAUUAAUGCAAGGUUAUCCUCGUCUUUUUGGUUUUU